CUCCAGGUCUUCUUCUGCUCCACGUCGCUCCGCUCUGAGGGUGUGAAGCUGGGGUCAGAGGUCAAGCAGCAACAAUGUCUGCUGUGGUCCUGAGGUAUGGACCGAGCCCAGCAGAACCAGAUACAAGCAGCUGGGAUGAUGAGGUCUCUGCGUCUCUGGGUGUUUCGGUUUUCGGGGGAAUCGAGAUCCAGGGGAAUUCUGGGAAAAUAGUCGGAUAUGAUCUACUGAGGAGAACAAGGACCAACCUGACUUCAGAACCAAAGAAACCUUCAGAUGUUCUGGGUUGGUUUUCAGGAAGCAGGAGGAGGAGGAAGCCCUGAAAAGAGCCUGUCGGACCGGGUCGGACAGCAGACCGGGUCAGAACCAGAAGAGAUGGAGGUCCUGCUGAGUUUCCAGCUGCUGGUUCUGAUGAUGACGGCGGUCGCCUCGCAGCAGAACUUCUGCUCCAACUCCACGGUGCUGAGGACGCAGACGGCCUGCCACUCCUGCUCCAUCUCCAUGUUUGUUCAGUGUCCCACUGGAUUCAGGAGAAGUCCAGAAAGCCUGGCAUCGGGCUGCAAGUACCAGAUCCGGACCAGCAGCCUGCAGCUGGCCGUCAGCGGCUGCUCCUUCCAGUGCUUCCAGCAGGUGGAGAUGAAGAGCUGCUGCCCCGGUUACUGGGGUCCGGACUGCACGGAAUGUCCUGAUGGGGCCGACAGACCCUGCAGUGGCAGAGGGGUCUGCUCCGAUGGGCUGGGGGGGAACGGCACCUGCAGCUGCCAGGUGGGUUUUGUAGGAACGGCGUGUGAGGACUGCUCUCCUGGACGUUACGGCUCCACCUGUAGUUCAGAGUGCUCCUGUGUCCACGGUCUCUGCAGUUCUGGGCUAAAAGGAGACGGUCGCUGCACCUGCUUCUCUGGGUACCGAGGUCCUCGCUGUGACCAGGAGCUUCCGGAGUGUGCGGCCCUCAGCUGCCAGCAGAACUCCCGCUGCAUGGAAGAAGCUUUGACAGGACGGCUGGUGUGCCAGUGUUUGCCUGGUUACGAGAAAUCAGGAUCUCAGUGUUUAGCCAAGAACCCGUGUCUCCGGCCGGUCUGCCAUUCCUGGGCUUCCUGUGCCCACACUGGACCGGACCAGCACCACUGCACCUGCAACCAAGGCUACAGCGGCGACGGACAGGUCUGCAUGCCAAUCGAUCCUUGUCAGACCCAAAACGGACGAUGCUCUGCCAGGACCACCCGCUGCAUUUAUGAUGGACCGGGAAAGUCCCACUGCGAGUGUCUACCAGGCUUUGAGACGCUGGCGGACGGCAGCUGCAACCUGAAGGACGUCUGCAAACCCGACUCCUGUCACCAGAACGCCAACUGCUCCACGGUGGGACCGGGUCGGGUCCGGUGCGCCUGUCUCCAGGGCUACAUCGGGAACGGGAAGGUUUGCUUUGGGAACAUCAUGGAGCGUCUCAGGGAACUGAACACACAGCCUGGGAAGGAAUGGAGCGGCCAGCUGAGCAACGCCAUCUCUCUGUUCGAUUCUCUGUCUUGGCCUCUUCAGAACCUGGGUCCGUUUACGGUUUUUGUUCCAGUGAAUCGAGGUUUCAAGGGAACCUCUAUACAGACUCUGACUGCAGACUCAUCCAAAGCUAAGUACCUGUGUAAGAUGCACCUGGUUGCUGGUUCAAUGCCGUCCUCCACUCUGAUGAAGACGGAUGUCUUCUACACGCUGUCCGGAAAGGCAGGAGAGACGGAGAUGUCUGGCAGGGGCGGUCAGAUCAGAAUCCGUAUCCAUGGCAGCAGGAAGCGAGGUGAGGUCAUCAAGUCGGACCUGGCAGCGUCCAACGGACUCGUCCACAUCAUCACGAAGCUGAUGGACAGCGUCCCGGCCACCGUGGAGAGCAGGCCAGAUGAGAACUUGAUGAAAAUCAUCUCUGACUAUGGCAAAUUGGAGACGUUCAAGUCCCUGCUGGAGCAAGCUGACCUGGCCUCUGUGAUGGACCUCCCUCAACCCGUCACGGUCUUCACUCCGACUACUGAAGCAUUUAACGGCAUGAAGGAGGGUCACCUGCAGUUCCUCCGCAGUACAGAGGGUCGCAGCAAGCUGACAGAGUUCCUCCGGAACCACAUCGUCCCGUCCACCUCGCUGGAGGUCUACAACAUUGUGUCCAGCCCCACCAUUGUGACAAUGGCCAACCAGGUCCUGAUCAUCAACGUAACAGAAAACGGUCAGAUUCUGGUCAACGGAGCGGCCGUUCUGGAGGCAGCCGUGGAGGCCAAGAAUGGACGGCUGUACGUGAUGAACGGAGUCUUGACUCCACCCUCCAUCCAACCUUUGCUGCCUCACAGGUGUGACAUCACAGAGACCAAGAUCAUCAAGGGUGAAUGUGUCAGCUGCGCCAAGGUCCACCUGUUCCAGUGCUCAUCAGGAGUCUACACAGGCACCUCCUACUCCGGGUGUCUUUACAACCUCUUCGCUGACGAAUCCCCCAUCAAGGUCCCAUUCAGAGGUUGCACACCACUCUGCACCGCGAAUGUAACGACUCCAGCCUGCUGUAAAGGUUUCUACGGUCCGGACUGCUCUCCUUGUCCAGGUGGCUUCAACACACCCUGCUCCGGACGUGGCCAGUGUGUGGAGGGCAUCAGAGGAAAUGGGUCGUGUAUCUGUGAACCCAACUUCAGAGGCUCUCGCUGUCAGUACUGCUCCUCCUUCAACAAAUAUGGUCCAAACUGUGACAGAACUUGUCCCUGCGUCCAUGGACAGUGUGACAACCGUCCAGACUCAGAUGGACGAUGUAAGCUGGACUCUUGUCUUCGAGGUUUCACCGGUCGGUUCUGUGAGCGACAGACAUCUGUCUGUGGAGGCCUGGCCCAGUUCUGCCAUGCCCACGCUGACUGUGACUUCACUGAUGGGUCACCCAGGUGUGUUUGUAAAGCUGGUUUCCAAGGCGAUGGGAUCACCUGUGUGGAGUCGGAUCCCUGUGCUCCGCCUCUCCGAGGCGGCUGCAGUGUGAACGCAAAAUGUAUAAAGACAGGCCCAGGUACUCACACCUGCCAGUGUCUUACUGGCUGGACAGAGGACGGAAACGAGUGUCAACCCAUAAACAACUGUGAUGGUCCUGAUGGGGGAGGCUGCCACCCAAACGCCUCCUGCAUCUACGUUGGACCUGGACAGAGUGACUGUGCCUGUAAGGCCGGCUAUAUGGGGAACGGACACGCCUGUGAGGCUGUCAACCAGUGUGUGACGGCUAACGGAGGCUGCCACUUCAGGGCCAGCUGUCUCCUGCUGUCCUCACAGUGGACAUGUGUCUGUGACGAUGGGUAUGCUGGAGACGGACUCCUGUGCUAUGGUACCGUCGACCAGGAGCUGAUGGUUCUGCAGAACGCCUCAGACUUCUUCCGCUGGACCAUGGACUCCGGCCUGUCUCGCUCUUUAUCGGAUCAGAACCUGACUCUCCUGGUACCAACAUCCGCUGCCGUCGCUCAGAUGUCCCCAAUGGACAGGAGCUUCUGGACAAUGAAGGGAAACCUGCCGAGCCUCAUCAGAAACCACGUCCUGCCCGGCGUCUUCUCCUCCUCCACACUGAGGAACAUCUCAUCAGUGACCUCUCUGCUGACCUCAUCGCUUCCUGUAUCAACCAGCCAGGAGAUCACAUCAGUUGGAGGAGCAACCGUCAUCGCUUCAGACAGCGCUGCCACCAACGGCCUGAUCCAUCUUAUUAACAAGGUUCUGGUGCCUGACAAGAAGCUGAGCGAAGGUCUGCUGGCCGUGCUCGCUCUGAGGCCAGAGUUCUCGCUCUUCCGAUCCUACCUCAUCGAGUACAACCUGACGAAGGAGAUCGAGCUGGCCGAGGAGUUCACCGUGUUCGCCCCAACAGACUCUGCCAUCACACAAUACCUCCAGCAGGUGGCAGCACCUGCCUUGGAUAGCAACAUGACCCGUUAUCAUGUGGUUCUGGCGGAGCGCCUGCUAAAGACUGACCUUCAGCCUGGAGGAUACAGGGAGACGCUCCUCGGAUUUCCCUUCCAGAUCGGGAUCUACCCUCGAGACGGAAAGCUGUUUGUGAACGAUGCUCAGAUAAACUCCUCCAACCUGCUGUGUGGUAAAGGAGUGAUUCACGGUCUGUCAGCGGUUCUUCACAUCAACAGAAACCGCUGUGACAAACUGACAUACAGUAAAGUAAAGGGGUCAUGUGGAAACUGUUUAUUGCCCAAAACCCAAAAAUGUCCCAGUGGCACCGACCAUGAUAAAUCGGUGAGGAUGAGGAGCUGCCUGUAUAGACACACCAUCGAAGGAGAAUCCCAUAUGACCAUCGGCUGCAUAGCAACCUGCCUCCGGAAGAACAUUGAACGCAGGUGUUGUGAAGGGUUUUUCGGAGAGCACUGUGAGCCUUGUCCGGGUCCGAAGGGACAGGCCUGUUUCGGUAAUGGACUGUGCUCAGACGGGGUCAACGGCACCGGAGUCUGUAAGUGCAACAAGGACUUCCAUGGGACGGCCUGUGAAUCCUGUCAGAGCGGAAAAUACGGAGUUCACUGUGAUCAAGACUGUCGGUGUAAGAACGGACUCUGUAACGAGGGCCUGAACGGAGACGGGACCUGCGAGUGUGACGUCGGCUGGAGAGGCGUUCGCUGUGAUGAAAAAAUUGAAUCCAAAGCUGAUGAACUAUGUGGUUCUGUGAAAUGUCAUAGCAGCGCAAACUGUGCAGUUCAAACAUCUGGAUCUCGGUGUCUGUGUGCUGCUGGGUUUGAGGGAAAUGGGACAUUCUGUAAAGCUGUAGACCCGUGUCUGGUGAAGAACGGCGGCUGCAGUCUGUCUGGGGUUUGUAAACGGACCCGACCCGGCAGCAGAGACUGUGUCUGUGGGCGCGGCUAUGCUGGAGAUGGGUUUGUGUGUGUGGAGAUAAAUCCAUGCCUGGAGGGGAAUGGAGGAUGCCAUGCUAAAGCAGAGUGUAUCCAUGUUGGACCAAACAAAACUUCGUGCGUCUGCAGCAAAGGUUACUCAGGUGAUGGACAGAACUGCACCAUUGUCAACUUGUGUGCAAAGAAAAAUGGCGGCUGCCACCACUUUGCCCAGUGCAACAUGACAGGACCUGGCAUUCGGACCUGCACCUGCUCUGAAAACUUUGUUGGAGAUGGUUUCAAGUGCAAAAGCACCGUGGACAGGGAGCUGAGGUACAAAGGGUCCAGCAACUUUUACUUCAGUUUGGUGAUGAUGGAGAUUACCCUGAAAGGUCGUGGUCCGUUCACCGUCUUUGCUCCAAAUGCUCAGGCCAUCAAAUCUAACAACUCCUUGGUAAGAGCUAUUGUGAAACACAGAGAAACUUUCGCCAAUGUGCUGCGGGGCCACAUCGUCAUGUGUCACACUUUGCUGCCUGACGACCUGUACCAAACCCGAAACCUGACCAGUUUGUCCGGAUUCGUCCUCACCACUCGUUCCACCCAGGGUAAAAUCACCAUCAACGAGGCUAAUUUGACCAACAGCGACGACAUCAGUGUUAACGGCAUCAUCCAUGAAAUUGACUCCGUUCUGUUACCACCCAACCUUAACAGAGACAAUAUCCUGCUCAUUCCAAAUCCAACAGAGGUAAACCUGACAGACGUGGCUGAAAGACAUGGUUAUAAAACCUUCUACAAGCUUCUGAAGGACACAGGUGUGAUGGACCUGAUAGACAAUGUGAUUUUCCAUCCAGUGACAAUCUUCCUGCCAUCUGAUGAUGUCAUGGCCUCUCUGCCACAGCAGCAAAAGGAAUUCUUGUUCCAUCAACAAAAUCGAGCGCAGCUCCAGGAGUACCUGAAGUAUCACGUCAUGAUAAGCCAGAAGGUUUAUGCAGAAGGAUUGAUCUAUCUGGAGUCCGGUCGGACUCUGCAGGGUUCAGCUCUCUCUUUCUCCUGCGGCGGUCCGGAUAAAAUUGGAGAAAUCUACGUUAAUGACGGAUCAUGUCGGAUCACUGAGAGGCAUCUGGUGUUCAGAGCUGGGAUUGCAUAUGGAAUAGACUGUCUGCUGAUCCCACCCAGCCUUGGGGGGCGCUGUGACGAACAGACAGUGUUAGAUCUCAAGAUGAACUGCGGUCCAUGCACAAGAACUGCUACUCUCUGUCCCAGAGGAACCGUGAAAAAGGAAGUUGAGAACUGUGAUCUUCCAACCUUGUUCGUCAGUAAAAACUCUGGCUGUCAACCCACCUGUACCAUCAACUUCUGGCAUCCAAAGUGUUGUUCUGGUUUCUAUGGGAGAAACUGUCUGGUGUGUCCUGGAGGAGUCCAUUCCCCCUGCAGUAAACAAGGUAAAUGCGAUGAUGGCCACCUUGGUACCGGCACCUGUACCUGUGACACAGGUUUUAAGGGCACGGCCUGCGAGAUGUGCAGAGAGGGGUUCUACGGUCCCGGCUGUAAAGCCUGCAACUGCUCGGAUCACGGGUCAUGUGACGACGGACUCCAGGGGACGGGUUUGUGCUUCUGUGAUGAAGGGUGGACCGGAGAACGAUGUGACAUUCAGCAAACUGAGGUAUUCCAGUGCUCUCCAGCCUGCUCUUCAAAGGCCGUCUGUCAGGAAAACAACACCUGCAUCUGUCGACCGUUCCACGUAGGAGACGGAGUCACCUGCACAGUGGUGGACAUGUGUAAGAUCUGGAAUGGUGGUUGUGCCAGAGAAGCUAAAUGUUCUCAGAGAGAGGAGAAGGUGAGCUGCACGUGUCCUCAGGACCACUCUGGAGACGGCUUCACAUGUCUACCUGUGGACCCUUGUGCCAGCGGGGACAACGGCGGCUGCAGCGAGCACGCCACCUGCACCAUGACGGCUCCGGGGAAGAAAAGGUGCACCUGUAAGGACAACUACAUGGGAGACGGAGUUAGCUGUGAGCUCAAACAGCUGCCAAUCAGCCGCUGUCUCCUGGACAAUGGAGGAUGCCACCCAGAUGCUACAUGUACUGACCUCCACUUUGAAGAUGCAACGCUGGGCGUGUUCCACUACCGUUCAGCUAAAGGUCAGUACAAGCUGGACUACACCGCAGCUCAGCAGGGCUGCAGGGCAGAGGGAGCCACCCUAGCAAACUACACUCAGCUUUCCUAUGCUCAGCAGGGUGGACUGAACAUGUGUGCUGCUGGCUGGUUGGACCAAGCCCGGGUCGCCUACCCCACUACCUACUUUAAUCCCAACUGUGGUUUUGGACACGUGGGCAUCGUGGACUACGGCACCCGGAAAAACCUGAGUGAGACCUGGGAUGCCUUCUGCUACAGGAUGAAGGAGGUGCUGUGUGUCUGUAAACCAGGUUACAUUGGCGAUGGACUCAUCUGUACAGGAAACCUGCUGCAGGUCCUCAGGUCCACUCCCACCUUCUCCAACUUUCUGAUCCAAAUCCUGAAAUACUCUGAGGUGUCCGAGUCUGGAAGAAGGUUUGUGAAGAGCCUCAGUAAGCUGGAAGUCCAGUCCACCCUGUUUGUCCCAGAGAACAGCGGUCUGCCGGAGAACCUGACCCUUUCCCCACGGGACAUCGAGUUCCACCUGUCUGAGGGUCAGGCUCUUCCUCUGAGCCAACUGAAGAACAACAGCCAGAUCAGGACUCGGGUUGGCAGUCUGUCAGUCCUUGGGGUUGCCAAUCUUCUCAACCCGUCAGCUCUGGCUUCCUGUUUCAUUAACGACCGCUUCGUCACCGACUCAGACAUUCGUGCUUCUAACGGGAUCAUCCACGUCCUCCAGGGGCCUCUGGAAGCUCCUCCUCCCCGUCCAGACCAGAUGCAUUCAGCCCACCAGGCUGGGAUGGGAGUGGGAGUGGUUCUCCUGAUCCUUCUGGUGGUGGGAGCCAUCUUUGUUGGAUGCCGGUUCUACCACCACAGCAGCAAACCCUUCCAGUUCCACUACUUCAAGGACGACGACAGAGAAGAAGAACCUGCAGCUGAAACAACAAACUACAGCCGCAGCAUCUCUAACCCGGUCUAUGAAGCGGGUCCAGAACCAGCAGUUCCGGAACCGAGCCGGUCCAAUGGAUCCGGGCCCACUGGGAGUCCAGAGCCGUCUGUUCAGGUGGAGGACAGACAGCUGAAUCUGGACCCGGUCUGCCGGGUCAGAACCACUCCUACAGCUAUCAUCCAUCAGAGACCCUGAAGGACGGAGCCACUAAACCUGGACGCCUUCAGGAACCAACUGAAGCGCAGAUGUAAAAGUUCUACAGUGUUCUGGUUCUGAUGGAGUUCUGGAAAAGAGAAUAAAGUAUCAACAAGCUGAUCUGA